AGACGUUUCUUAUGAGAGCAGGCGGGGGACCUUCACCACUGUAGCAAGGGAGCACACAGAGGAGACCAGGAGCCGUGGGACCCGGGUGUUUAUAUGUGAGAGGGGUGAAAACAGGGAGAGACCCUCGUCUCUGUGGGUCAGCUGAUGAAGAAGAUGAAGAACCAAAUCACCAACGCCAUCUCUGACUUCUUCUUUGAGUACGAGACCCCACGCCAGGUGCUGGUGAGGAACAGGAGGGUGGGAGUGGUGUGUCGUCUCAUCCAGCUGGGGGUCCUGGCUUACAUCAUCGGGUAGGAGCCAAAUACUCGUGCUUUUACUUUGUAAACUUUUAAAGAGGGGCCAACAGGUUGGACAGGUAGAAGGACUGCAUUGUGCUGCAUGUCUCAUCUUGUAUAACGACCCCUCAGAGCGACCCUUCAAAUUCACACAACUUGUUCUCUUACUUGAUGGGUUGUUCAUGAAGACACAAAGCUGCACUGACUUAUCAAUUAUAAAAAGAUUAAUCAUCAAACAAUGUGACAUUUGUUGGAUCAUUUGGGGUAUAUCUCAAUUAAAAACAACAAAAUGUGCCUGUUACUGCUUGUUAAUAUAAGGGAUUUGCUACUUUUUGUAACUUUGAGCGUAAAAAGUCUUUUGACAACUUCUUACAUUAACUGAACAACUGAUCAUAUAAAUGAUCAAAUUAAACACAUCACAGAAUAUUGUUAUAUUCAGCAGAUAAUUUUAAUCCACCUUUUGUGGGACAAUGGACAAUGUCACAAAAAAAGGUUUUGUUGUUUUCUGUUACUCUGUGAAAGUUUCUGUUUGUCAAAAUUCUGAGAUUUUUUUUCUCACAACUCUGCGCCAUUGUUGUAUCACUCAAUUAAUCGGUCUAUUAACUAAAUAAUGAAUUAAGUGCAGCAAGUACUAAACGGAUAUCUGUACUUAGAUUACAGAAACACUGUCAAAAAUUUGUUUGUUCCAGCUUCUUGCUUUAACUUCAAGCAUAAAAAAUCCCACUUUUUGACUUUUAUAUGUGGUUUUUUCACAACUUGCUCUUAUUCAUUGACUAAAUGAUUAAUCAAUUUAUCAACAAGUUGAUCAUAAAAGAUGAAUAACCUUUGAUAAUUGAUAAAAUAAUUUGAAGAAUUUCUGCACAAAAUUAUCACAUAUUUUCUGGUUUCAGUUCCUUUAUUGUAGAUCUAAGCUGCUUUUUAAUAACAUUUCAUAUGUAGAAAAUCUGAGGAAAUGGUAAAGAUUAAUUGAUAAAUAAAUCAAACCCUGGUUAUCAGUGAACUAUUUUUGGGAGUGAAAAUGUUUUAUCAACCAGUUAGGUUGUUAUAUCAUAAGAGAUAUCAGGAUAAUUUACACAAAACAAAAAAUAAUCAUAAACUGUAGCCCCUCAGGGACAUUACCCUGAUGUCUGUAGUUUUCUCUGUAUGUACAGUGGGAGCCACUGACAAAACAUGACAUGUUUAGGGUGCCGCUGAGGAUCAGAGAUAGGACCUAAAACUGUCCAGGUGCUGUUGACAAAGCAAAUCUGCUGACUGAAAUACUGAUGUCAGACAGGGCGAAAAAUGAAAAAUCAGAGGGCAGAUAAUCCGAGUCUCUGCCCAGCUCAAGUUGAGACAAAAACAGCAGAAUGUUUCUAAACUUACUCACACAUAAUCUCCACACACAGGCUUUGACAUGUUGGAGCAGUUCACUCUGAAGAAAGCAGAAACUGUUUGUUAUUUGAGAUCUGCUCUCAUAUGGUCAAGGUUUCUGUUUGAGUUAGUUUGUAAUUACUCAUAGACUGUUUGUUUCUGAGUGUGUGUUAAUGUGAGUGUGUGUUUGUGUGUUACUGUGUGAGUGUGUGUGUGCCUCUGAGCAGCAGAACCUGAGGAGCUGAGUGUGAUGAACACGCUGAGGCAUAUGCUAACACAUAUAACAAUCAAAUAACGCCACACAGCGCAUUGAGAGUUACCUUCUGCUGGUGACGUUAGAGGUGACUAAAAGGCAAUUGAAGACAAUCCUCUCCUGCUUAUGGCAAGGUUUUGUUUCUUUUGAUUUCAAGUUGAUAUAAACUAAAUGAAAAUAGCUUUCUGUUGUUUGCUUUUGGGGUUUUCAUCUUGUACUUGAAAUCUUGAGUGAGGCACAAACAAAAAAGGAUAAGUCUGCAAAUUACCAAAGUUUUAGACGAGGAAUUUUCAGUGACCUCUGCUGCUUCCUCCCACAUUGUCACCUGCCUGUUCCUGCUGUCAGAAAAGGCAACAUUAAAGAUGGCUUGUGAUGGGCAUGGAAGGAGAUGUGAUUAAAACGCUGUUCUGACUCUAGGCUUCAGGACCCGAGCAGAUGGCUGACGGGUCAGAGCAGAAGUCAGACUGUCUCUGAGGCAAAUUUCAUUAUUACUCACUUCAGAAAGCAGAAAUGUUUUACAGUUUCUUUUUAAGUCAUCUGUGGUUUUAUUUUGUAAUCAGACAGUUUUCCUCUUUUUCAUGAGAAACAAUGCAGUCUUGACCAACCAGACAAUGCCCUUUAUGAAUCUCUCACAUCAACAUCGAACAUGCCUGGUUUUGAAAAUAUUUAUUAUUCUAAAUGAAUCUGUUAUAAAGACAAAGACUAAAUAAAGAGAGCAUGGCAGCUGCACAAACCAUAAUGAGUUUCUUUCACUCGAUUCCCUUUAAAGUCAACACAAAUUAAAUCUAUUGUUUUCUGUUUCAUGCUGAUUAAUUGAAGGUUGAUGUAUUUUUUAAUUCUGAUUUGUCUCCACAAAUUGAGCUCUAAUCUCAGCUCUGCAGCAUGUGGAUGAGAAGAAAAGCUCUCCCAACAUCAAGGAGCUUCGUCGCUGCUCUCCCUCUGUCACAGCAGAUACAGAUCUCACUUAGACUGCUGUUUUGGGAGAUCCCGCCGUUAUUUCAUGCUCAUGCUUUUCUUUAUUUCAUUAAUGUUCUCUAUUUUUCUGAAUGUAAGUUCCGGCUUGCAUAAUUUGAUUUGCCCGACAGAUAGAAAGCUAUGGCUUUUGGCUAGUUGUGAACACUUUAUUUCACUUUGAGAGAUGUUUCUGCCUGUCUGCUGCUCUGAGGUGUUUUCUCUGUACGCUGAUGAAUGAAUGUGUGCUGCAACACAUGAGUCCUGCAGGCCUUCUGCCAGCGGGUAAUUGCUUUUCCCACCCUGUAUGAAAUAGCUGCGACUUCAUGUGUGUGUGUACAUACAGUAUCAUCCAAGUGCAUACCAGCUGUUAACCAUUCCCCCUAACCACACACACACAUACGCACACACAGAUAGGGCGACACAAUGAGGUGCUUCACUCAGCAGAGAUUAGAAAGUACCAAGUCUGACGUAGUUUUCAGAAACUUGUAUUUACACUUAGUCAGCUUUUGCAGAUUUUUAGAGGUAAUAACAUCCAGAGCAAACCCUAAUUUUACAGUUUCGCUAAAUAAAAUAAAAAUGCUGUUAAACCAGUGUGUCAUUCCCCUCUAAAGACUAUUAUCAUUGAUGUUAGAGGUACUUGAAGUCUUUGCCUCUUUAAAAUACUGAUAAAACAAGAUAAACUAUCCUUUUUACAUCUGAAAAUGCUGCUUUAAAAAGCUCCUGUGAAAAGCGUUUAUCUGGUUUUAAAAUAAUAAAUCAUACGGAAGUCUUGAUAAAAUUAAAUAAGGCAAACUAGACCAUCCACCUACAGAUUUACUACGUCCAUUUGGUUUUAAUUGACUCUGAUACCAGUGGCUGGGGGGCAGGUGUCAGGUGAUUAACUGCAAACUGUUUAUACAUGGACCGGACAAAAUCAGUAAGAACAGAGAGGUACUGUUUUGUCUACAGGGGAGGCGCCAAAGUCAGCACAAAAUGAAAGUUCCUGACAGGAGCUUUAAUAGCACUGUGAGGGGUUUUUCACCUGUGUUGAAAUAGUGCCACUCCUGUACUGAUGUUCUCUCAUUUUCUACAUAGUAAAAUGACAUUAUCUGCGACAAGGUGAUUUCUUUAUUUUGAAUUCAGUGUGUGCUCAGGCCAGAUUAGCCCAGUUGAUAUUUAGCAUUCACCCUGAAGUGGCACUGUCAAGAACUCUGUUGGACAGUGAGAAUCAAGUAAGGGAGUAAGAGGACAUCUGUAUUCAUUCAUCAGCUCCUUCAACAAAUACACACUUUCCUAACCCUUGCAGGGGCAUUCCUGUGUAGAGCUUGGAGAGCUAGCUCUGGGGUAAAAGCAAGUAUUUGCAUCACCAUUAUUUUCAACCUAAGACAGGCCUGGACAAGUUAAGCUUGCAUAGUGACAUCUAAGUGUCACAGGGAGCACUGAUGACAACAGAGUGACAAACUCAUAUAAAGCUAUUAUGGCCUGGUUCAUAUUACUGCAAUUGUAACAAUGCUUUCCAAUCAACACUGUGCAACUUACCUCAUGGUAAGCAGAAUGUUAAACUUUUUUAACAACCCCAAUCAAACAACAAUGUUAAAAGACCCGCAAAAGCGAGCAGGACCAGGCUUUCCAGUGGUGAAGUGAAGAAGACUGCUGCCGGCCAAUGCACAAACUUUGGGUUUAGAGCCAGAACAGGGACUUUCCAUGUAAGCCAAGGUGAUAGUAAGGGCUGCUGCCAUUAAGUGCAGUGGUUCUGGGUUCAAAUCAUGUUAAGAGACCCAAUAUAUAAAUAUAUAUAGACUUGAAAUAAAACAGCAGUUUGAACCCAGCUUUUAAAUCAACUUAAUGAAUUCACAAAAUACAAAACAACUCCAAUAAACUCUAGCAGACAGUCCCAGUGUUGCGGUGCUUAGCCUUGCUGUCUCUUAAUGAAAUAAUUCUGGGUUCAAAUCCUUCUUUGUAAUUUUUCAUGUGAUGUAGAUGAAAUGUUUUCUUCACUCUGUAGUCAAAGCUGUGUUGAUUGAUCAUUAAGCAAUGGUGAAAUGAGAGGACCUAAGCACUACAAGACUUGACUUGUGGUGCGUUUGUUUGUGCAUCUGCCUUUGUGUGAAGUGGUACAUGGUUCAAACCCUAGCUUGGGACCUUCUACAUAAAUGGAAUGUAAAAUAAGGAAAGGAAAGAAAAAACUAAAAUUGAUCUGCAGCCUCAAAGAGUGUAGAGGGGCCACCUAUGUCCAUAAAAGAGGACUUGUGGAAAACACUACUGUUUUUUAUCAACCAGUUACCAUGGUUAUUAAUGUGACAUAGUUGUUUUUGAAGUCUUGCAUGCACCAAAACUUUGAGUGAUUUUGAACUGCAUCAGUAACCAAGAGGCAUUGUUCUCUUUUCUUGCUGAUGCAUCAACGUACAAGCAGCAUUUUGCAGUUGCAGAUGCUUGGACUGGCAUUAGCUUUAAAUACGUAAUAGUCUAAUAAGGCAUUUAAGUCAAAUAGUUUCCAAAAGGUCAGCAGAUAAAUGUGAGGGGGUCAUUAGAUGAUUCAUAAGGGAAGACAUCCUAAUUUAACCCAUCCUGCUCCACUGUUCCCCAUGUUUCUUUAAAUGUCUCCAAACAAGGAAAAGGUAUCACACUCACUGUUCCCAGAAUCAUACGACUUUCCACACCACAUCUUUCACAUCUGAACCACCAAGUUUUUUGUAGCUGACUAAAAAAAUGGCACAAUAUACCUAACAAACGGGACUUUUGAUGGGCCAAAGCUUUGUUUUAUGUUUUACAUCAACAGGAAUUUCUGCUAUUAAAGCCCUUUACAAACUACCUCCCAUGUUUUUUUGUAAACAUGGAUACUAAAAAGGCCUGCGUUAAGAUAUGAUGUGUUGUCCUUAUCUGCUUGAGAAACGAGACCCCCCUCAAAGUAUCAUUGUAGCUAGACAACAUAUCAAAAUCAACAUCAAAGCUCCUGUGAGGGAAUUUUGAUAGUCAUAGAACAGACUAAAACUAAUGAUUUUAUUAAAUGAGCCAACAAACUGAGCAAGACAAUCAGCAACCUGUUUGCUUUUAUGCAGUAAUUUUAGGUGUGUAACGUGGCAACUAAAAACACACUGCAAAAAGUCUUUUGAAAUGAAUGCAGAGAAAGUUACAAUUACAGGUCAGAAACCACCUCCAUUUGUGCUGUAUAAAAUCAGUGAAGACAUAACUUGUCAACAGAGACAAAACCAUGUUAACUUAAAGAUUCAUAACAGGAGCUUUAAAAACUAAAAACAAAACUCUGCUGUGCUGAUUUGAAUUGUUUUAGUUCCUCUUUGACCUCCCCCUUCCUUUUUUAUUAAAAUGCUCUUUGAAACGUAACUAGUUAGGGUUAAAGGUCAAAUUUUAACAAUGUCCCUUUACGCAAAAACUCCCGGAAACUAAGUUGUAAAACAUGGAAGGGCCUGCAGAGAAGGAACAAGCGAAAACCAUUAGUUGAUAUUGGUUGAUAUUGAGCAAAGUAAAAAAUAAUUUAAAAGCAUGAUAAAUGUUAUGUAACAAAUAUAAUUCAUCACAAUCACAGUGAAUUAAGACCUUUAGCUCUUAACACAGCCUCUUAUCGGCUGUUUUAGUUGGAGGAGAAUUGUUUAUCUGUUUGCUCUGAUAAAAAGCCACACUGACGUUUUAAGAUGACUUUUGCCUUUUUCAGAUGCAAUGUGGGCUUUAUCAGCCACGAAAGUUUCAUCAUUUUUGAUGGGCAGUUUUAUCUCUGUAUCUGCAAUCACCCAUAAAAGUGAAACAGCAUAUUUAGUUUCUGCUUGAGCAACUUUGAGUUCCUCUGUGAAACCGAUGAGACGCACCCAGUUGUCUGUGCCAUUAUCAGAAGUUAUGUGCUAAAGACUGUACAAGCAGGUAUGAAGAGUUUUCAGAUACUGUCCUAAACUUCAAGCUACAAUGAGGAUUUUCUUGAUGUUUGGGAAAUGGAAAAAAAAAUCACAAUGAUGCCAAUCAAGACCAUCAGGGGCAAGACUGACAAUUUGUAUAUUAUGAUUUUUAAAGCUUAAAACCAGUGUUAGGAGGGGGGUGUCAGCUGACGAAAAAGCCCCGUUGAUGACAUAGGUGGAGUUUGGACUUGAAGUUUGGGGGUUCACAAAGAUAAAGGAAGUGUGAUGCGAUUAACAGAGCAAGACUAACAUACCUCUCCUUAAACAAAAUCAGAAUCUGAUAACUAAGUAGGUACGGAUUCUUCGCAAAAGUGCUUCUCGAGAGCCUUUAUAAAUCCACCCAUUGUAUCUAUGAACUUCAGCAAGUUCCUCUUUGUGUCGAAACACACAAGAAUAUUUUUUUAAUUGAGGACACAUGAGCUAGUGUUUUUUUGCUUUUGUGCACCCUUUAUACACAAAACACUCACAGAUCACUGUAUGAGUUAUGUCAUAGCUUGCUGUUAUGUCACCUGACACAAUCCUUAUUUCUGUGAGUGUAAGAGUGAGUGUGAAUUUGAGUCAUUGUGUCUAUGUCAGACAGCUUGUCAGUUUCAAGUCUCAAAAGGAGCUGCAGUUUUUGGCCCAUACAGGACUGAGAUGAAUCAGGUGUGUGAGGAGACAAGAGGUGAAGGUCUCCUCUUUGGUCUCACACUGCAAACAGUAACAUAAGAGUGACAAAAUCACGCCCUCUUUCCUUUCAUAAAAAAGGUGCAAAACUCAGCAGCUUGACCUUGAACUAAAACUAAGAAAAGACAGCAAAUAACUCCUGUUUUUGUAACUUUUCACUGACUACCAAUUUCUAAGGUUUAACUCGUGACUUUGAAAGCAGUCCAUGGUCCUCCUGCUCCAGAAUCCAUAUCAGAGUUGCUGUCCUCUCCACCAACCUGUGUGCAGCCUCACAUCAUUCAGCAGAAACUUCCUGAUUGUCUCUGGCUCAAACUUAUUUAUGUAUAUAUUCAGGACAAUGGACUUUAAAUGGAAACUUAUUUUUCUGAUGUUGUUUUCAUUCAUGGUUCAACUAGCAGCUUUAUCAGUGGAGUUUUAUUGGGAAACCACAUUAUAGAAUAGACAGAUAGCUGCCCUCACAUGUAGGUCCAGUUCAAAGGCAUUUGUUAAAACUAACUAACAGUAAAUGAGUCCCAGGAUUUGUGAAAUACCUGGUGUGUUCCACCUCAUUUCUUCCCGAUAAGCUGUUUUCCUGCGUACACCCAAAGCCUGCCAAGCUAUCAGUGAACCAUUGACACCAGAGCACCAUACCAAAUUCUAGUACUUUAUUUUUUAACAGAAUCUGAGCUACAGAUCUUUUUGUUGUUGUUCAUACACACUGUAAUUUUACACUUUUACCUAAGAAAACGAACUUAAUCUGUCACUUGUACUUUUACCUGGGUGCUUUUUCUGUAUCUGUAGAUAUAUAUAUGUCAGUAGAGACUGAGUACAAUGAGCUGAAGUAUAUAAGAUGUUUUGUAAUGAUUUUCAAAGGACUAGGCACUGAUAUUACUCAACCACAAUCCCUCACAUUUGUUUCUGGGAGGUAUGCUGCUGGCAUGUUCAGUAUGUCAACAUCCCCUUCAUGCAUGCCCUUGCCUGUGGGGUUGGAUUGCUUGCUCUGGUGUUGUAAGAGUCUGAUGUUGUGCCAGACAUGACAAGAUGCUCUGUGUGUUUUGUACAGGUGGGUGUUCAUCUAUGAGAAAGGUUACCAGUCCACAGACACAGCUGUGAGCUCCGUCUUCACAAAAAUGAAAGGAGUGGGCUACACCAACGACAAAGGGAAAGAGAGAGUCUGGGAUGUGGCAGACUAUGUUUUCCCUCCACAAGUAAGUGACUGACACUUCUCAUGUGCUAAUUACAUGACUCCAAAGUGGUCAGGGAAUAAUCUCACUCAACACACAACCAGGGUUAAGAUUACAGAGAAUAAGAUGUUGAGAAUUCAACCUCCAGACUCCAUGAAUCAAACUGUCUGAGUAAAUUAACGUCAGGCUGAGUCAGAUGAGCAUCAUCACAAACUCUCUGCUCCCUCUAAAUAUCUAAACAAGGGUAAGAUAGUGACAAAGAUUAUGGUGUUGUCAUACUCUUAAAACAUCCGUGUUGGCUGGAUUUCAUCCUUGAUACACUCAUUAAAGGACUUGGAGUAAGUACACACACACAGAGUGAAUGUUACCUGCUUUGUCAACAUCUAGGUGUUACUGUGCCAUCGCGUGCUUCCUGUAAAGAACUGAGCAAACAACCCUCCAAAAGAAAGACUCAGGUCAAACAUAUUUCUCUGUUUACCCAAAAUGUCCUCGGGACCUGUUAUCUGUGGGAAUGGAAUAAAGAGACACAAUGAAGAUGGUCAUGUUUGCUUUCAGUUUUGGGUGUGGGCCUUUUUUUAAUUCAGACUGGAUUAGGUGCAUAGUUUGAUGUGAUAAGCCAGACCAACGAGAUGAAAAGAUCUCUUUGGUACAAUGUCUUAUGCUUUGAUCGGAUAUACCAGUUCAUAUUUAUCUUUAAAUCCACCCCUUUGUUGGAGAGUAGAUUGGUUAAACAAUGACCAUGAGAAAAUAGUUUGUCACUCUGAAUAUCUGUCAUGUGGCUGUGGAAUAGUUUGAGAGAAAUUAAAUCUAAUAGGUCUUUGUUUAUGUGCUGAAUUCAGUGUCUCCUUGAUUGACAGCCAAAGAAAUAUACAGCAGAAAAUUCACCAUCUUCUACAGUUCAACACUUGAACGUUUGAGCUAGCCAAAAAAACUGAUGAAAUGGUUUUGAUGACUUUGUGCUAGCUUUUAAACUGAGUCUGAUAAUGCCCUAUAAACUGGGUGUAUUUGAUGUCAAGUAAAAUUAUUUUUGGAGUGUUUAAAGAAGUAGGCCAAAGCAUAUGGAGCUGCAAAAGAGGAUGAAAGGAGGGCAGAAGAAAAUUAAGAAAGUGAAAAAAAUUCAUUUAAGCGUUCAAAUCCAUUUCUGUGGUCCGAGGAGAAGCUUACUAUCAACUCUGAGACAUAAUUGUUUGGCAAAAUAAGAUAAAGGUCAAAUGUAACAAGAAUGGGACCAAAAUAUAUGAAGGAUAGAUCACGCUGAGAAUGAUAUCUACUCUUGUGAUUACUUAUUCCUGAUUUAGAGGCUGUAAAACAAAGUUAUAGCCAUUUAAAACUUUAAUUGGGUUGUUAUGGACACGUGGUUUUCAUAACAGGGCUGGCUCAGGCUGUGGUGAUGGGACCCAAGAGGAUUUAUUUAAAUGUUGCCCAGAACUCUUAGUGACACCUUUGAGUGUUGUCCGCACAUUACAAAAUUUAUAUAUUAACAAUAGUGUGGUUUCACUCUUAACAGGUCAAGCAUAAAGCAGUGUUUUAUAAUAUCCUCAACCUCAAUCAGUCAGGUAACGUUUAACGAUACUUCCCAAAUUAAAUGCACGUGAGCACAUCAAAGUCAGAAGAAAGACUUCUCAACUUAGAAACUGGGACCAUGAGAAGCACAUGGAUGCAGGAUCAGACCCCUCUGUCAGCCAAUCUGUCAGCUAACAUGCUAAUGCUAACGGCUGUAAGCUCAGAGACUAAAAAAACCUGUCUUACUUUGCUCAAAGCUGUAAAAAAGGGCAAAAUUAUUCGAAAGAGCAUGAAGAAAAAAUUAGAACAGAGGAGAAGACUUGGAGUUUCUCUUGCCUGCCAAACCACUCUUAUACACACAACCAGGGUCGGGGUUACUCUUGCUAACUAGCUUAUAGCUAACAUUUGUAGACUAGGCACACUGAGCAUGUGGGGCAAAUCAAUACAGAGCACGCAAAAGGGUCCAGCAAAUUUGCACAAUGACACAGAUCAAUACUAAGCCUUUCUUUCCGUCUGAAGCCAUUCAGAAACUCAUUCAUUCACACGUCAGGACUCAUUUGGUCCUGAAAGUCCUUCUCAGGGCUCUGUUAAAACUGCUUGAUCCUGAGGACUUGUUCUUUUUACACUUUCACAAACAGACUAGUGAAACUUUUGCAAAAAAAAAAAACAAUAAAAAACUAUAAUCUAGCGGUUUUCUUACUGGAGAUUUCCUCUGAUGUCUGCCUACUAUUUUUGAGGCUUUGACCCGGCUAACUAAGUUAGCAUAAGUUGAAGGAAUGAAUCUGAACUGAUUCAGAGAUACAAAAGAAAGUGUAACCAAAAACAUUUUUGAAUAACAUGGUGCAGAUGAGUCAAGUCAAGUCUCGAGUCCUUAGUGUUCAAGUCCAAGCCACCAGAGAAGGCUCUAGGGGAGUCUGAGUCAAGUCCCCAUUACCUAAGGACUUACCAACCACUGUCUCACUCUGUCUGUAUUAUCUAAGGAGGCGUCUUGGUCUUUUGGUUAUUGUUUGUAUUUCUGCUAGGCUUCAGUGCAUGUUUAACUCUUUAUUGCCUUUUGUAUCAUAUUUGAUACAUACCUCUAUAUACUUUUAUCAAAUCAAUAUGAUCAACAAAUUACUAAAAAAAACACCUGAAUACAGCCUGAUAAAUGAUAAAAAUGUCCUCUUGUACUUUAUCAAUUUCCAAAAAUAUCUAAAGUAUCAAAUGAGAUAAAUAUAUAUAUUUGUUAAACUUUAAAGACAUUUUGAUUUUUUUUUCAGUAGUAAGUGAAAUAAACAUUUCAGCUCCAAAAAAAAUUGAAUUUUCUGGCCAUAAUUUGUGGUAUCAGGCAUUAAAGGGCUACGUCUGUAUAUUUCUGACUUUUUAUUUCAGUGUAACACAAAGCGUUAACUCUAUCUUGCAGUCUGUAAAUACAUAUGAAUCUCCUUUCUUUUUGAUUUCACCAUUAUUAACUGUUGUUCAAGAAGAUGAUCUACAUGCUGAUGUGAUCCUUUAGCCACUUCUGCAUUGCCAUAAAGACAGAAAAACACUACUGACAUGGACAAGAUUUCUUUCUGAAAACAGGGAGGAAUAAUCUACUUUAAAAAUAUCACUUCACCUGUGGAUGAAGCCUAAAUGUAGCCUGAGUGUCCUAAUGUGGUUCAUGUGACUGAUAUCCAAGUCCAAGUUUGAGUUAAAACCCAAAGUUUGUACAUUUUACACUUUUGUGAUGUUGCAAAUUAAGAAAAAUAUGUUAAUUUAUUUGUAUUCACUGGUUUCAAACAGAACUUUAGAACCACUCUAUUUAUUAUUGGAUGGUAAACCUCAUGUUACUUCACACAGAGUGAUUAAUUUUCAUACGGAUUAAAGGCAUAGCAUAUGACAAGAACAGCAGCCAUGAGCCUGAAGAGGUGCUGGUGGAUGGAUUUUGUUAUCUUCAAAAGCAGUUGCCCUUUUUCUAGCUUGUAUGCUUAGCUAAUCUAAUUGGCUUUAACUAAAAAUGUUUGACUAUUUCCAUAAACUGAAAGCUGGUCAUGGAUUUAAAAAAGUAGGGAUGGUAGAGUUUCUGUUUUAGGCAGUUUGUUAUAUCAGUGAGGUCACCAGUGUGUCCAAAGGAUUAAUGUUUGACAGGCUGCUGUCAGUAAAUGAAAGUACGCUGCAUGGAAACGACGACAUCCUUUAUUAUGUAAUUUUUAUGGCAUGAAUAAAUGAGAUUAACACAUUUCUUCUGUUAAUCCUAAACCUCAGGGGGACUCAUCUUUUGUGGUGAUGACAAACUACAUUAUAACUGAGGGUCAGAGCAUGUCCAAGUGUCCAGAGGUAAGUACUCCCACAAUCCUUUCCCCCAUUCUCUGCUGUGUUUCCCCCUCUCUGUCUAAAUUACAGUACAUUUCCAUAAAUAGCAAAACUAAACGGAAAUUGUGUCUCAUUCCAAGACUGUUUGUGUAAUUGGGUAAUUUUCCAGCUGUUGAAUUUAGGUCACAUGUUUUACAAACGUAAUGGCCUCCAGAUGAGCCAACAGCAGAUUUAGAAAACAGCAGAAUAUCAUUACUAAUGUAAAGCUUGAACCUCACUUUGUUGUUUUGAUGAUAAACUGAUUUAUCUUGUCGUCUUCCUGACACACUCUCUCUAACCCUGAUCGUUUUUUUUUUUGUGACAGCUCCCAGGCAAACACAACUGCAGCUCAAACACAGACUGUGAAGGAGGGAGUUUCAAACGUACGGGACAUGGUAAAUCCUGACGGCCCGACAGUGUGUGACAUCUGCAGUCCUCACUGAGUAACCGUCUGUCUGUGUGUGGCCAACUGAAGCGCGGUCUGGUUGUUUGACUUCUCGACUGUUUUACCAGAAACAAAAGCUUUCCCUCAACCUCUAGAGAAGAGAUUGUAAUCACUUACAAAACAGCAAAAUUGGUAGGAAAAAAAACUGACCUUUAGCCGAAAUAUUGGAACUGGGUUGGAUUCUGGUGAUGCAUUUUAAGGCUUGUACCCACCUAGAGUGUUUUAUGCUGGCAGUGUGUGUUUUCCACUGUAGUUCAGUGUUGUUGGCGCUUAUUGUCCAAGUGCAGAACUGCCCGGGUGUCAACUAAUUUUGGUCACUGCUUUCACAGCACACUCAGUCAACUUCAGUUUAACUCAGGUGCAUUUGCAAUUAUCACGUAUCCAUCACUAAUCAAUCAAAAUCAUUGAGAUUAUUUACUCACAGCAUCAUUAAGUUUCUUAAGACAGAACCGUGACGUGUUUAUACACACAGGACUAUCGGAGUAUCAGGUCAUUGUGCCACAUGUUUGUAAAGUGGGUAGUGGCGCUUAGAGCUGCCAUAGGACAUGCUCAUGCAGUAGAAACCAUAACUAAAAUGCAACAGAACUGAAAGAGUAAACAUUUGGAAGUAAAACAUGCAUGGCUCAGUUCUACUGAAACAGAUUAAAAUCAACAACCUCCUUUUGAGCAGCUUAUAUCAGUUUGUAUUGGGCUUGAUGAUCAGUGAAGCGGAUGAGUAAAACCCAGCCUCAUGUAAGUAGACAUAUUCAUGUAUAUUCAAACACAGAGACAGAUGUUACAAUUACAUUUGUAUGCACGAGAGCUGACAUGAACCAUGAGCACACAGAGACGUUAAAAACAAAUAACCAUCCAGACAGGAGCUUUUUUUAAUAGGUCCAAACAUAUGCAGCAUUGUUAAAGAUUUCAAAGAGCAGUCACAUAAAUUUAACACCCUUUAUCUGUCCCCGACUUCAAUCCAGAGCCUUUCAAGUCCUCCAUGACCUACAUCGGCUUUAAUAAGAACAAACUUAACUGAAGCCUUAGAUCUGUCCAUUUCAGACCAGUCAAACCCCCAGGUAUCUGCACAGAGGCGGCGUGCUGUCUCCAUGCUUGUGGACAUGCAAACACAAGGGGUGCCCCUGUAGCCAAACACACCAGUGGGCUGCAGUAAAAGGUCAGAAGGCCAAAGCAAGUGACCAAUCCCCCCGCUGGAGAACUGUCUGUGAACUCAGCCAGCACAUGAUGAGAGAGACUGAUACCCACAGAGCUAAUCUCAGGCAGAGAAAUUAUAUGUUGAAAUCAGGGCGAGAUAAAGAAAACAGCCAUGUCAGCGCUCGCUUUGCUUCAUUUCUACAUCUUUGCUCGCUGCCGUGGAUGCUAAUUCAAGAUAAGAUGAUUAAAGCUUUGCUAUGUCUUGCUUUUUUCCCCCUUGCUGCUUCUUGAAACACGUUAUACUCUUGCUUGCCACACUUUUAAAGUUUGGUCUGUAAUAAUGAACUCCAGUGUGUUUCUUCUUCAAGGACAAAUGACGGGAGUUUGUGUUAAUACCACAAAGACCUGUGAGGUGCUGGCCUGGUGCCCUGUGGAGAAUGAUCACAUCAUACCAGAGUAUGUAAAAGCAUUCAGUUUAUCAUGCUGCAAGCUCUUAGUACGUGCCUGGAUUACUUCACUGCUUAUACAUGUGAAAUGUUGCUUUUGAUGAUUUAUGCACCUCUACUUACAGGACUUAAUACUCUGCUGUUUCCUGUUUACUUCUCUCUAGUCCUCCUUUGUUGAUUUCUGCGGAGAACUACACACUGUUCAUCAAAAACUCUGUGACUUUCCCCUUAUUUGGCGUCACAAGGUGAGAGACAGCAUGGCUAUUAAGUUGAAUUUAACUUGGCAGAGGUUUAAAAUGCUUUUGGAUUACUGUUUGGUUAAUGCUGCUGCAUGUUUGUCGUGUGGUGAAUAAUGAGAAGUAAAAACACUGUCAAACAUUCUCAAUAGAGCCCUGUAGCAUGAAUAGGUCAGUUUAGAUAGAACGGUUGCGAUAUUUAGAUUACAUAACGUCUUCUCUUACUCUGGGGAAGCUUUUCAAAGCCUGAGAAACUAACCCACAAUUUGGCAACAAAACUGUUGUGUAAAUGUUAAUUUAGAGCCAUACAAAUAUUUUUGAAGGACUCUGGACAUCACUUGUGCGCAGACCAGGACGAUUAAAAAACUACAGUACUGCAUAAAGAACAAGUCUGCACACUUUAUUAAACCCACAAAGAGCUAAAUAAUCAAUUUUUUAUCCUAACGGUUUACCCCAGGAGUGUAACUCAUAGGCUGAUAAGCACUAUAUUGGCAGGUUGGAUCAUAUAUGCUGACUACAUAAGGUUAAGAACAACUUUUAAAAACAUAAUUUAAAUUGUGCAAAAUUCACCAGAACUAUGCAAAGAUGACAGGAACUGUAAAAACCCCCAGAAAUUCUGCAAACCAAAAGCUAUGCAUAAAUCAUGCAAUAAUCACAGGAAUCAUGCAAACAUAACCCAAAAAUGAUGCAAACCAAAAAUGUAAAGAAAAGUAUUUCUUUACCACUAACACAUGUGCCAUGGCAUACAUAUCCUGUCUUCCUGGCUCUUGUGUAACAUAAGCACGAAAAACUGUUUAUUUUACCACUCCCAUAAUGCACUUCAGUGCAAUCUCAGCUGAGCCAGAGGUAUUUAUAUGCUUGGGACUUAAAACCAACCCUUUUUAGCCACAAGUUUUCUGCGAAUUAUUUGAAUAACAGGGAAAAGUAAAUGAGCCUAGACACUUUCUUAACGCCACUCUAAGUUUAAUAAUCACAAUGUUUUAAUGCUUUUGGCUCCAUCAGGUGACAAAAAAGGAGCUGCACCCAUAUUAAUGGACAGAAUUGUAUGCAAAUGAGCACAUAGAGCAAAACAGAGGAUAUCUAAAUAUAAAACAGAAAACAGAUUUGGAUCUAGAUGUUGAAGCACGGCUUGUGCAGCACUGUUGUUGUUAAACAAUGAUAGUGUGGUAUCAUUCACCCUUUGCAUAUCUUUCAUUGUCGUAUGUAAAUGAUGUUAUUUGAAGAUGUGUUUUACCUCAGGUGGUGUGCAUAGUUUCCACAGAACUUAUCGUGUGAUGUGCAAAUCUCAACAUAUCUGGGUGCGGUCACCUGACAAAGAUAGAACUAUGAAAACAUUGUGAUGAAUAAGCUCUCUGUGAUACUUAGUCUGUAAGUUUGGACCCUUUGAAUAUUCGACAGAAACCUGAUGGAGAUUUUUUAUUCUAAAUUUGAGGGUAUUGUUCAAGCCAGCAGAUCUGAUUAAACUUUUUGAUGAAAUGCAUUAUGGGAACUGUAAGAUCCAGAGUAUUUUGAGUGUUACCCCAACAAUGAAUUAAAAAUGCAGAUAUAUACUGUAUAUGUUUAUCCAAAUAAUAGACAGUAGUGUAACAGUUUUUUAUUAUUAAAAAAAUGUGUUUCAGGAGUAACCUGGUGGAAGGCAUUGAUGCCAGUUAUAUCAGUAAAUGCCUCCAUGAUCCAGAGAAAGCUCCAUUGUGCCCAAUAUUCAAACUGGGAGACAUCGUCAAACUGUCUGGCUUCAACUUUGAAACAAUAGCCAAAGUGGUGAGUCUAGAAAAGCUGCAGUUAUUUAGGUAAUCUGAUAUAUGUUCCUCUAAUGUGGUAGUAAUGGAGUGUAAUAUGUUUGUUUCUUGACAGGGAGGGGCCAUUGGUAUAGUGGUGGACUGGACAUGUAACUUUGAUGUGGACGUGAGACACUGUAAACCAAAAUACAACUUCCAUGGUCUGUACGGAAACCCCACAGAGACAGACAAAGCCAGAGCCUCAGUGGGCUACAACUUCAGGUGAGUAAAAACAGAUCUCUGGAAACAAUACUCCAGUGGGUUUGCAUUACAGAUAUACUAGACUAUACAAGGAAAAUAUUAAAGGAGCAGAUAUAAUUUGGAUGUUAUUCUAAGACCAUAUUGGUACCACUGUGAUUAUGGUUUCCUGGUUUGUAUUUGUCUAAAAUAAGACUUUUCACCAACCACAACUGAGAUAAAAAAGACCAGUGUUUACUAGGAAAAUCAGAUUUAUUUAUUCUUUCUUCUUGUCAUGGUACCAUAAUAAUCUGCAUUUGUUGAUGCUGCAACAAACUGUUCACAGACAACAGUUUUUGGAGGUGUCUGUUUUUUCAGCCUUGUCCUUUUUGUACAAAGAUUUCUCUAAAUUAUCUGAAUCUUUUCUUGAUAUUAUACACUAAAGGUGAUAAAAUCUCUGAAUUAUUUUCUAUUUUAUAUAUGCCCUAAAAUUACCCACAUAAGUUGGGAGAUGCUUUUUCAGGUGAUUUUAUUUAAACAUUUCAAAGCUUUUCCAAUGUUUUCAGUCCUUAACCACACUUUAUAAGAAUGCGUUGUUUAAAUCAGAUUAGAAAUGAGAAAACAUUUUUCCACAAAACAACAUUUUUCAGCUUCAUGAUUUAAUAUGUUGUCUUGACACAAUUUCCAACUAAAUAUUGUCUUGGAAAGAUUUGUGAUUCAGUCAAAGUCUGAUUAACAUUUCACAGAGCAUCACAGUUUUUUUAUGGAAUUGGGGUUGAAAACUUCUGAGCAGCUACUUUUUGCUUUAUUUUAUUUGUACUAAAAACCAAAGUUAAUAAAAAAAAAAAAAAAAAAAAAAGGAUGAGAGUUACGUGACAAAAUUUGCAGCACUGUCUUGACUCAGUAUUAUACGGCACAGCAUAAAGCCGGAGCCACGUGCUGUUACCACGCCUUUAGCUGAGCUGAGCAUACAAGCUUAUUUAGUUUCAUAUCAAAUGACUUCAGGAAACCUCAAAGUGUUAUUUUAAAAUGAACUGACUUGUAGAUCAAACCAGCUACAUCAAAUGUUCUCACGAGGUAAACAGUGGUAAUAGCUGAUGGUUGCUAACUUUGGUAUCAUCAGUUUGAAACUUUCACAAAGUUCAUGUUUCCCUGUUGGUGGGAACUUUCAAUGAUGUACUUUCACCACGUUCUCCAGUGUCUGCUAAUGUUGCUCACCUAAAGUUUUAGUGUCUGGAGAGUUUACGCCUGUUGUUUUUGUCUCCAGGUCUAUUUUGUUGAUCUUAAUACAGACUGACUCAUAAUGUUUACUAGCUCUCAGUGAAACGACUCAGCGUGGUGCUCUGAAGACUGUCUCAAACUGUUAGCUGUUAUUGUUUAAUGUGCUCUGUGAACGCUCAGCUUCCUGUGCCCAGAUAUGAAGAAACAUUAUUAUAAGGGUGUUAUUUAGAGAAUACUAACUAGCAUUAGAGACCAUCAUUGAGGGGGAAGACAUAUAAGUUUGUCCUGAAAUUAUAAGGAACAAUUAAUUCCUUUGAAAUUGGAUAAUCUGAGUACACCAAAACAUGCAUAGCCUCUCUCUUGUUACUAUAACCUCCUUCCACAGUCCAAAGACCAGGUUUUAAGUCAGUUGGUGACUCUAAAUUUCACAUUGGUGUGUGCACAUGAAUCGAUUGUUGUGUCAGUCCUGUAGUUAAUGGGCAAUCUAGUCAGGACGUGCCCCAUCUUUUGCCCGGGGACAGCUGGAAUCGGCCCUCACUCGAGAAACAGGGAAGUAGUGAGACAGAUUAUUGAUGCAUGGAUGUCAAACUCUGCAGCACUAAAACCACUUGAGUUUUUAAAACAAUUUUUGUCCUAAUACAGGGGGAGAUGGCAGUAAAGUUUGUAUAAUCUCAAACAGGAAAGGUGGAAUUUAAAAAUCAGGCAUAUGAGAUAUUCACAUCCUUUUUAUUUAAACAGCUACUGUUCUUCCUGUGUAGGUAUGCAAAGCAUUAUUUGGAGGACAAAAUUCAGAAAAGAACCCUUUUCAAAGUGUUUGGGAUAAGGAUUGACAUCAUUGUUCAGUCACUGGUGAGUGUAUGUAUUUACAUAUAUUUCAAUUAAAUAAAGUUCUGAAGUAGAAAUAGUUAAAAAGAAUUUCAACUCUGUUCUUCACAGGCGAGAAAAUUUGAUAUCAUCCCAACAUUGACAGCUAUCGGCUCUGGAGUGGGCAUCUUUGGAGUGGUAUGUUGUGUCCUGAUUUAUUACAUCACUUAUACCUGCUUUGCUUAUUGUUAAACAGACUUAUAUAUUUCUUAUUUUGUACAUGACUUUGCAGGCAACUGUAGUGUGUGACUUGGUGCUGCUCUAUUUGCUCCCAAAAAGAGAAUUUUACAAGAACAUGAAAUUCAAAUACACAGACACACACAUACAGGUAAGCAUAAUGAUGCAUGAACAACUGUUUGAUGGAAAUGCUGUUGUGAUUGAAGUUUCUUUUUGAGCACAAGAUGGCAGCAGAGAGACGUUUAUCAAUAUCAGGUGUAUCGUUCAGUGCUGGAUAUGACCCUGUGUGGGCUUAACUCUGGUUUCUUUUGAGGACUGCCUCCUAAAUCAGACCCAAAAACCAUCUAGCACACAGAGGCAGAGUAAUGCUGUGUUAAUUCCCAUACCACUCACAAAUAGAACAAACCAAAGCUGCAUUAGCUCUAACAGAGGUUGAACUCUCCCCUCAUCCCCUCCACCUCAGACAGUUUCCAUCUGUAACUGAACCAGGCAGAACGUUUUGUAUUUGCAGCCUGACAGCGAGUCGCUUGGUUUAGACACAAGCGUCUAUUACACCAUUGAAGCAAAGGCAAGACAAGCCCAAGGCACUGACAAGUCCAACGUGAGUGCAUGUAGAAGUCCAAAAAGUAGAGUAGCUUUUAAAAAUUUGUACCUUUUCUAUCUUGUUUUCACAAGGAGAAUCCUUCCGUUUUUUAUUUGUGAGAUCUAACUGCCUGUUAUAGUUGGAUUUGACUUUUAUUUUUUAUCCUAGGAUCCUGAUUCAGAGGCCGGCAGCAUAGAGACUGAGGUAUCUAAAGUAAGAGGUUCAGAAAUUCCUCACAAAUAUCCUUUCUGCUUUGUUUUCUUUGAUCGUUUAUGUGUUUCUCUCAAUCUCUCAUUCCUCUGUAGAAAUAACCUGGGAGCAAGCUUGUAAGGUGCUUUUCUGGAUUGCACUGGGACCCUGCGAUAAACCUUGCAACACAGCACACAAACACACUCGGACUCAGUGUGGACUCGGGACUAGAGCAAACAAACUCACAGACAAUGCUCCACAUGUUCUCGUCUUCCUCAUCUCGCUCCUUAGCUGAGUCUUCUAUCAGCACCUCCCACCCUGAGAGACUGUGACUCCAGCCAUUGUGUUGAGCCCUAGCCUAGCUCAGCUUUGUGUGUACUCUUUUGGGUGUAGCUCGGUUUGCUCUUACUCAUACUCUGGGUGUAACCCUCCACCUCCUUGCCAUCUCCACAUGGGUGCAGGUGAAAGAACACUUUCAGACACUUGUUUGUCGGUGUGUGUACACAAAUCAUCCAUAAGCCAUCAUGAUCUCUGUCACUGUCUUGUCAAAGCAAGAUACACACACACAUAAUGUGUGGAUGUGCCACUGUUGGAGUUAUACACCCUGUGUGCACCUUGUGAUUGACAGCUGAGUCCAAUAAAAGAUGUACAGUUGCCGUGCA